CACUUUCCUCGUUUUUCUCUUAUCUUUCGACAUUAACUCCAACGGUAACAUAAACAAAUGAAACAUUUCCAUCUUAAACGAGGUUAGAGAUUUGAGUAAAAAGACAAUAUAUAUAAUAUAGCAGAAAUUAAUGGGUUCGGAUUCGAACGCAGUCCCAUCAGCAUCAGCUUCAGCAUCGACAUCGACAUCGACAUCAACACCAUCGACACCAAAUGGGAAGCGAAGUAGAGACCCUGAAGAUGAGGUCUACCUUGACAAUCUCCAUUCUCACAAGCGUUACCUCAGUGAAAUAAUGGCAUCUAGUUUGAAUGGAUUAACGGUCGGAGACCCACUCCAGGACAAUCUUAUGGAAUCUCCUGCCAGGUCUGACACCAUGUUUUUUGCCAGGGAUGAAAUGUCCUUGCAAUAUUCACCAAUGUCAGAAGACUUUGAUGACUCUAGAUUUUGCGAGACCCCUAUAAAUGCUUGCUCGCCUCAAUCUGAAAGUCUACCCGGCAGUCCAGUUUCUCCAUAUAGGUACCAAAGACCACUUUGUGGAUUCUCUUCUGCUCCUUAUAGCAGCUCUUUCUCUUCACAUGGAUGCAGUGUCACUUCUUCACAGCCUCGUCAACGAGGCUCAGAUUCUGAGGGCCGGUUUCCGUCAUCACCUAGUGAUAUAUGCCACUCAGCUGACCUGAGGAGGGCUGCUCUCCUGCGUUCUGUGCAGAUGAGAACACAACCUACUGGUUCAUCAUCCUUUGAAUUGCCAUUUAGUUCAGGACACGAGCCUGGAUCAAACAUGGAAGCUGAAGAGCGGCCAUGCUCAUAUAUGAAAUCCUUGGUUGAAGAGAGGGAGUAUCCACUCGAGGAGUGUUCUUCAAUGAGCAUCUCAGAACCUGAAUUUAAUGAAGAGAAGGCGUGUCGGGUUUUAAAUAUGAAUAUAAAAGGGGAUGACUCUGGAGGUUAAAUACUUUCGGAUUUGUAUUUGCAGACCCAACCACCAACUCUGACCAUAUCUUGUGCACCUAUACUGAAGUGGUUUGGAGUAACUUAUCAGUGACUAGCUUGCCAUGACAGAUUUUGGUUAAUAACCAUAUCAUGGAUCGCAUUUGAGGCUCAUAUGAGGUCCAAUGCUGAAUAGCACUUCCGGUUUAACUGCUGGCUGUUUCACUAUCCUCCACCCUCCUCCUCCAAUGGGGGCCUCUGAUUUAACUUAUAAAUUGCUGUGUAAUAUCUGGUGUAUACAUAUUUGCUAGUGGAAAAAUCUGGCCAAAGCUUAACUCAUGAAGCUAUUGACAAAAUCUGGCCAUAGCUUAGGUCAGUGCUGCUGUAACUUCUGAUGUAUACAUUUUGUAUUUGCGACAUUCACCCUUUGCUCCGCUUUCCCUUCCUUUUGUCUUGGUUGUAUAACAGUUUCGAGAUUUUGAUGAAUUGCAAUGCCAUUGGCCAUACAGGCUAGAACUGAUGCUUAAA